GAGAAAAUAGUCCGGCCAACCAUAUCCGCCAUUUUUAUAAAAGGGUUUGUUGGGAAAGACGCAUUGAACUGCUCGAUUGGAAUCGAAAUUUUGUGAAUAUCUUUAUAAAAUACACACACACCACAGCUUGUAAUGGCACUCAAAAGAAUAAAUAAGGAAUUACAGGACCUUGGGAGAGAUCCCCCAGCACAAUGUUCAGCAGGUCCAGUUGGAGACGAUUUAUUUCAUUGGCAAGCUACAAUUAUGGGUCCCCCAGAUAGUCCGUAUCAGGGUGGAGUAUUUUUCUUAACAAUUCACUUUCCCACGGAUUAUCCUUUUAAACCACCAAAGGUGGCCUUCACAACAAAAAUAUACCACCCAAAUAUCAACAGCAACGGAAGUAUUUGCUUAGAUAUUUUACGAUCACAAUGGUCCCCAGCAUUAACAAUAUCAAAAGUGCUGUUGUCCAUAUGUUCUUUGCUGUGUGAUCCAAAUCCCGAUGACCCACUCGUGCCAGAAAUAGCCAGAAUGUACAAGACUGACCGAACUAAAUAUAAAUCGAUGGCUAAAGAAUGGACCAAUAAGUAUGCCAUGUGAGGAAGGCAAAAACAACUGCAAAAGACUGUUUUAUACAACUUGAAGGGUCAUUUGAUUUACUCAGCCUGUCAUUCUUACAAUCAGACCCUUCUUUGUGUGACAGAACCUACAAGAAAUGGAACACGCUUUAUAGAGUAAUCACGUGGGGUAUUAUAAUUGGAAACUGUUGAUUCUGAAGGUAAUUCCUCUGAAAACUUGUCACUUGGGAAGUGUUCAAAGAUGUGAAUGUAAGUUAGCACUGAUCAAAAUGCAAAAACUUUUUUUUAUAAUGUCUGAGGUUGAACGUUUUCAAUGUAGCCUUUAUGACCGAGAAAUUUUGGGUUGAACUUGGGUUCUGGUGCAUAAAAUUGUGCUCCAACUUAUGUUGACUCUAAUUUUUUUUAUGUUCAUAGACAUCGUUAUUUCCAAUGUGCUGCUGUAAUAUUAACUUGUGCUCCGUUCCCUCGUUUUACGUAACAAUUUCUUGACGGUUUCCUUUGUUUAUACAGAAGCGAGAGGGGUUUGCUCAGGCAGGUUAAGAUAUUCUUGUUUGCUUGAUGAACAUCCUUCUCCAAAUGCUUCAUUCUGUAUGAAGGUAGAUCGGUAAAUACUUUUUGUUUUUAUAAGGGUCACAAGAUACAUCAAACAAUUUAGAUGACAGCCUCAGGUAACAUUGGCAGUUCAAAAUAUGCCUUUUAAAAAAGUGUAAUUUUGCCUAAAUUUCCUUUGGGACCCUCAAUCUGUCGUGGCCAAGUGUGCAUAUGAAUCGUUGUGGGGCACUUUAUAUGAUACAAGUCUAAUUCAUUCCCCAGCCAAACCCAGAAACUUUUCUGUGCAAUGUAAAAACAGCCGAGCUUGGCCAUCUCGGGCCAGUCAGAAGUACUGAGUAACACUGACUGAGCCGUGAACCUGUGACCUUCCAAUCACAAGCCAGAUGCUUCUCUAAAAUAAAAAAAUGUUCAUAAAACAUCAUAAAUUCUUGCUAAACUCGGUUAUUCUGCCCCUAACCUGUUGACUGGUGUAAUAAAACUGAAUGAACACACAAUUCCCUGCCUGGACAUAAUGGAAGGGUCAUUGUGCAUCUGAGCCUAAUCGUGUGUUUGUGUGUGGGGUGGGGGUUAUAUUGUAUACCCAGUGUAAGCACAGCAGCGGGGAUCCUAGGGAAAUAAGUAGAUUUUUCACUUGUAGGAAAAAGAUGCUUUUUACUUGCCACACCUUUAGAUUUGGUAGCUUGUCCAAGAAACUGUCUGGAUCCUUUUAAACCAAACUUUGAAUAAUUCUGCCAUGUAGGUUUCUCACAGUGGCCGAAAGGCCGUUGACUUUUUCUGCUGAAAAGGCCUAUAGUGGAAAAUCUCAUUUUGGUAUCCUAGAUUUUAUGCGGGUCUUUUUCUGCCAAACUUGAUGCAGGCGUUGACGAAAACUUAAAGGUUAACAAUUUCCAUCAGUCUUUAAAAAUUGACGACCUUUCAAAUAGCGCUUAAAUGAUUAUGUGUUGAUGGGAAUACCUUAUAUAAUUCACCAGUUUUCUUUGUUGGUUAUCAAAAAUUGGCUUCUUGCACUUCAGUGAUGUUUAUACUUUUUGUUUAAAAAAGGUGAAUAUUUAUGUAUGUUGUAAUUCGAUGUGCAUCUUUUAUAUCUUUGGAAAGUUUCCUUUUGAUUGAUGAACUUGGACAAACGUUGUUGAUACUGCAAACCCCUUGUGAUCCGAAAGUCCAUUUGUACAUUUUUUUUUGCAUUGUUUUGAGCUCUGGAGCACAAACUACUUGUACUUGUAUCUUAAUAAAAUAUCAGAAUAUCUAAUAUUGUCAUGUUACAGUAUGUUAUAGGGAUCAUCUCAAAUUGCUUGAUGCCAUGAGAGAUGAAAAUUUUUAUCUCUCUGAAAAUAAUUGGUUUGAGUGAGGACACUGACAAUUUGGUGUUCUUUAUGUUUGGACUUUUGGAUGAUAACAGAGGAAAGAAGUGACAAAGUUUGUCGGAGAAGUGGCUAACCCCCUUCCCAGCUGAAAACCUUGUCAUUUCAUAGAAUCGAUUAACUUUGAGAUGAUCCCUUUGCAGAACAAAGGCAAGCUUUGUUCGGCUCACUUGUAAUACAAAUUGAGCAGUGUUUGGCUCACUUUUAAUAUGGAUUGAGCGAUGUUCGGCUCAUUUCUGGAUUUCUGAUGUUGGUUAUCAUUCCACUGAAGCAAUGUUUGUAGUGUUGCCUGCAACACUGGCAUGCAUAUAUUGAAUUUAUCAUCGAUUUGUUGUCAAUUUUUUUGUAAGAUUCACCAUGUCUUUUAAUGGCCAAAGUGGUUGUUUAAGAUUUGAAAGGGAAGAAAGGCAAAUACAGUUUUACUCAUUUCGACACAUCACUGUCAGGAAAUCUAUCGAAAGUAUGGACAAAUUUAAAGUAUAUUCUGAUUGGGUUUGCCUUGUAUGCUGUCAGCUUUAAAAUUCUUCAUUCGUUUGAAGUGUUGAUUUUAAAUGAUUGGACAGAUUUUAUGCCAGGGGUGGGGAGGGUGGUCUCUAAGGUGAUAGGUUAUGAUGUUCAAUGAAAAGGUGCAAAGUUUCAUGAGAUUUAGAUGUUCAAGGAAAAGGUGCAAGGCUCUGUGUUCAUGUAGACAGUGUUCUCAGCGAUCAAAGUUAUUUGUUUACCAAUAUAACAUGUGCUUAUCAUUGAGAGAGAAAAAAGAUGACACAUUUAUUAUACCCCUCAAACGUUGGAAUGAAAUGUAGGAGGGCCUGGUUUCUUUUGUAUUUUAAACCAUUUACCUUUUAACUACAGUGGCUGUGGUCAGUUGGUUCCAGCUGAAAUUCCUGUGAAAUAAGUUGUUAAACAGUGCACCCUUCAAUUAAAACUCUGGCCAAAGUUUUUCCUAUGCUGAUGACUGGUCAGUUUCUUGUUUUCACUUCGUGUGACAAGCUAGCAAAUGUAUUUGAGUUGGCAGAAUUUUUUGCAUUAGUUAUCUAGAAUGAGUCAAUAGAUGUUGUAUUCUGUUUCAUUCUAGAAAACCCAUUUCUACUGAAGUGUUAGGCAAUACGCUGGGUAUACAAUAAAAUUGACAGUAAGUUUGUGUAGAUGUACAAUAUCUUGAUUAGCAGCCGCAUUCCGUGCAUAGAGUCCUCAACGUAGUUAUCCUCUUCAUUUCAAAGUUGAUAUGCAUCUGAUGAAGUUGUUUCAAACACCAUGCUACUGUAAUGUUUGUGCCCCUUAAUUUUCAUUUUUCAAAUUUUAUGGCUGCCAAAAAGAAAAUUAUUUGAAAAUAUGUAUAAUACAGCGCUGUCAAGCCCAAGUCGAAUCUGAAAUGAAUAGCCAUUCUGACUGAGCUGUUCUUAAUAUGAGUAAAAAGUAGUAAAUGCUUUUACUUUAGUUUUGUACCAAAAGAGUUGGUACAAACCUGCAUUGGAAUAGUAAAAGCAUUUGCUAGUCUUUGUUCAGAUCACCCAAAAAGGGAAUACCCCAUUGACUGUAAUCAGGAUUUUGUACAUGUACGUAACUCCUGUUGAGAAAAAAGCUUGUUCUCCGUA